CUUUUUUUUUUUUUUAAAAAAAAAUCUCACUUACAACCAUGGUCGCUUCAAAGAAAGACGAAUCUGCCGCACCUGCUGCACCUGCUGCCACAAAGGCUGCUGCCCCAAAAAAGACUAAAGCCACUGCUGCUGCUGCUUCCAAGAAGGAGGCUGACCACCCUACUUACAAGGACAUGAUCGUUGCUGCUCUCCUUAAUCUCAAGGAACGCAACGGUUCAUCGCGUCAGGCUUUGAAAAAGUACAUCCAUGGCAACUACAAGAUCCGCGAGAACUUUGAUAUGCAUUUCAACGCUGCUAUCAAGCGCGGCGUCGCCAAUGGUGAUUUCACCCAGCCCAAGGGUCAGUCCGGUCCCAUCAAAUUAGCAAAGAAGGAUCAACCCAAGAAGAAGGAGGUCAAGGCAAAGCCUGCUGUCAAGAAGGCUGCUCCAAAGAAGGCCGCUGCCCCAAAGAAGCCUGCUGCUGCUGCUCCCAAGAAGGCUCCUGCCAAGAAGGAGACCGUUGCCAAGAAGGCUGCUGCCACUGCUGUCAAGAAGGCCGUCAAGAAGGCAGAGACAAAGAAGACUGAAACAAAGAAAGCUGCUCCUCCAAAGAAGGCUGCUACUGCUACGACUGCCACUGCCACCAAGAAGGCUGCUGCUGCACCCAAGGAAAAGAAGGCAAAGGCUGCUGCACCCAAGAAAGCUGCUGCCACUAAAGCCUAAACUGCUUUUUCUUCCUUCUUUUUUCUUUUCUUUUCAGAUUAGGAUGUUCAUGACAAAGUAAUACUCCUUAAUUCUCUUCAC